CACGUACACGCGACCCAGACCUCUGCAUCGUGCAUCAACAACCUGGAUGUUUAUUGGCAUCAUCCAUCACCUCACACCGAUAUACCCUUCAACUCUUCAACUGCAGGGAGCCAAUUCAUCAUACUCCCUCCAGAGAUCCAUUCUACGCUUACUUAGCUCUCCUUCACCUUCACUCUCAGACAUCCUGCCAGGAAAUCUGACCCAACUUAUACGCGCUAGUCAUGGCGACAAGGAAACUGCAAACCGAAAUCGAUAAGGUCCUGAAAAAGGUCGCCGAAGGUGUCGAGACCUUUGAGGAGACGUUGCAAAAGAUUGAGACGUCAACAAAUGCGAACCAAAAGGAAAAGUACGAAUCCGACUUGAAGAAGGAGAUCAAGAAGCUGCAACGACAGCGUGACCAGAUCAAAACAUGGCUUUCCUCCAACGACAUCAAGGACAAACGGGCGCUUUUGGAGAACCGGAAGCUGAUUGAACAUCAAAUGGAAAGGUUCAAGGCGAUCGAGAAGGAGAUGAAGACAAAAGCGUACUCCAGGGAAGGUCUCAUUAUGUCUGGGCGAUUGGAUCCAAAAGAGAAGGAAAAGGCUGAGACAUGUUCCUGGGUCACGGAGAAGGUCGAGGCGCUCAAUAUUCAGGUCGAGGGACUGGAGGCCGAAGUCGAGACAUUACAGGCAAUCACGAAAAAGGGCAAAAACAACCCUAACAAGGAGAGGAUAUUGGAGCUCGAGGAAAAGAUUGAGCGACAUAAAUGGCACCAAGGACGACUUGAGUUGAUCCUGCGACUACUGGAAAAUGGUCAGAUUGAAUCUGACAAGGUCAUUGCAAUCCAGGAAGACGUCAACUACUAUGUCGAUGAGAACAUGGACGAUAACUUUGCUGAGGAUGAGGAGAUCUACACGGAUCUCAACUUAGAAGAUGAAGAAGACUACUUUACAGUGGGAACAGGAGACCAUCACGGCGGUAACAAGGAUGAUGAGUACUCUGAAAAGAGCACAGAGGAUCAUGAGCCGCCACCAAAGAAACAACUCAAGGAAGUCGAUCCAGAACCUACACCAUCUCCAGUUAAAGCUACAGCAAAGCCAACGCCGACAAAAAAACUCUCCGUGUCAGAGACAAAGGAGACAAAAGUGACUCCUGCUGCAAGUCCUGCAGCGGCAAAAUCGACAGUGAAUGGACCCUCCAGUCGACAAUCGACAAUACCCCGAGCAGGGUCUGUGGAAUCGCCCGUCAUCCAAUACGCUACAGCUGUCGCCGCUAACCUCCCAACGGAGUCACCACGUACUGCCCCGCUUUCUGCCUCGCCUAGUGUGACAGCAGCAGUCGUGACAAAGGAUUCGCCAAAACCAGCGGCAGCCAAGGCGGAGACCCCAUCACCAAAGAUGGCCGUGAAGACAGCGGCAACAGUUGCGCCAUCGCCAACGCCAUCGGUGCCAACUCCAACUUCAUCACAGACUCAGGCUCAGGCUCAGACAGUGUCAUCCCCAGCUACUUUACCAUUAGUCACAGCAACCGAUGUGCCCAAGACAGCAACAGUAUCUGUACCCACUACCAUCGCAGCAGAGCCAUCAUCUGCAGAACCAGCUGCCCAGUCGACUGCGCAAGAUCCUGUAGGGAAGGACAGCGCAUCUGUACAGGCAGUGCCAGCACAGCCGCCAGCGGCGAUAGAACCGGAGAUUCGUCUCCCUGCGGCGCUGGCUGAUUUGGCGCACAGCUUCGAGGCGUCAAAGGAGCGUGCCAUGUCGAAGGAGGUCGGAUUUUUUGUGCACCAAAUGCUUGAGGCCAGUUACCAAUUCAUCCCAGAGGCCGCUGAUACAGAGAGACCAAAGCACUACGCACCCAAGAACCCAUAUCCGACGCCAUCGUAUUACCCCCAAACACCGCCAGCGGGACUGUUUGACAAUGCAGCCAUGUUUGAAAAGUUUGAUAUCGACACGUUGUUCUUCAUCUUUUAUUACCAGCAAGGAACUUAUCAGCAGUAUCUUGCGGCAAGGGAGUUGAAGAAGCAAUCGUGGCGAUUUCACAAAAAGUUCCUCACAUGGUUCCAGCGCCACGAGGAACCCAAGGCAAUCACAGACGAUUAUGAGCAAGGGACCUAUAUCUACUUCGACUACGAAGGCGCGUGGUGUCAGAGAAAGAAGACGGACUUUCGAUUCGAGUACAAGUUCCUGGAGGACGCUGAACUUGUUUGAAGGAUGCUGCUUCCUUUUCCCCUGCGCUCUUUAAUUUAUCAUAAAGGAGCUCGUCUCUUUUCUCGUUUAAUGUCAGCAGCUGUUUUUUGUUGGAAUUCGUUUUCUGCCAUUGUUAUGUUUUUUUUUUUUGAAAACUGUAGUUUUACGUCCUUUACUCUUCUUCCACUUGCCCACCUGUACCUCCUUCCUUCUUAUGAUUAAAGGCCAGACGCCAGCCGUCCUUUAUUUUGCGCUUGAAUGCUGUUGUGUGAAUGCAACACAUGCUACAAGCACGGAUCUAAAAAUGGAAGCCUUCGCGUGGCCGCAUGGACGGGUA